AUGUUCAGAGAUGGUUUAAGCAGCGGCCUUCUCGAGCUCGAUGAGCUUCUUGACACCAUCGUACAUCUGGCGAACGGCCUGAUACUCGGUGAGCCCAAGACGUUGCUUGUUGGAGAUGUCGUAGAUUCCUUCCUUCGACUCGGAGUGCUCUCCAUGAAUUCCACGGAUCUGAAAAAUUUAAAGAUUAUAUUGGAGCAACAAAAAAUUAUUACUCACCUGGAGCUUCAUGUCGCUGCAGAUCUUCUUAAAAUCGUCCUUUGCGGAGAUCUUCGGCAACUUGAUGUGCACUGA